GCAAAAAUCACGACUGAGGUUUUCUAUUUUCAGAAGUCAUCUACCAUUAUUUAAUGCCAAAAAGUUCAGAAUAGUCACUCCUCUAGCAAUAUAUAAAAAACACCAUUGCUAUAAUAGAACUGUUGUCAUCUUAAAAUCCUUCUUCCUCGUAUACUAUAUAUUGUUGUUCUUGCAUUUAAUUAAAGUGUGAUCAGAUCACACAAAUUAAAUGACAUCAAUUACCUCUGCAUCCCUUCCUUUGCUGCAACUCCAAUCUUCAUUGAAGAGAAAACCCUGCAACUUGAAGAGCUCCACCACCAUGCGUCGUUUUACAACCAAAGCCUCAGCCUCUGAAACGACGUCGGCGGCUGCGCCAGCGCCCGAGCCCAGCAAGCUUCCCAUGCGAAAGAUCCCAGGAGAUUACGGUCUCCCUUUCAUAGGACCCAUCAAAGACCGCCUUGACUUCUUCUACAACCAAGGGCGCGACAACUUCUUCCAAUCCCGCGCCCAAAAAUACAACUCCACCGUGUUCCGCGCCAACAUGCCCCCCGGCCCCUUCAUCGCCUCCAAUCCAAACGUCAUCGUUUUGCUCGACGCCAAAAGCUUCCCUGUCCUUUUCGACGUCAGCAAAGUCGAAAAGCGUGACGUCUUCACCGGCACCUUCAUGCCCUCCACCCAACUCACCGGCGGUUACCGAAUCCUCUCCUACCUGGACCCCUCCGAACCCAGACACGAACAACUCAAGCGCCUCUUGUUCUUCCUCCUCAAAUCCCGAAGCAGCCACGUCAUCCCCGAGUUUCAUUCAAGCUACACAACCCUCUUUGAAACCCUGGAGAAUGAGCUUGCUAAGGAAGGCAAGGCUAGCUUCCAAACCGCCAACGACCAAGCUGCGUUUAACUUCCUCGCUCGCGCGCUUUAUGGCACCAACCCCUCCGACACAAACCUCGGACGCGACGGCCCAAGCAUAAUCCAAACAUGGCUUUUGUUCCAGCUCGGCCCAAUUAUGACCUUGGGCCUUCCAAAAUUCCUGGAAGAUCCCACUCUUCACACCUUCCGCAUCCCUCCUUUUCUGAUAAAAAAAGAUUACAAGAGACUCUACGAUUUCUUCUACGAGUCCUCCGGGUUCGCGCUUGACGAAGCGGUGCGUUUAGGAGUUCCCAGAGAAGAAGCGUGCCACAACCUUUUAUUCGCCACGUGCUUUAAUUCCUUCGGGGGAAUGAAGAUAUUCUUCCCCACUAUUCUGAAAUGGGUUGGGCGUGCGGGGGUGAAACUUCACGCUAGGUUGGCGGAGGAAGUGAGGGCCGCCGUUAAGUCAAACGGCGGGAAGGUGACGAUGGCGUCGAUGGAGGAAAUGCCGUUGAUGAAGUCGGUGGUUUACGAGGCGUUUCGGAUAGAGCCGCCAGUGCCGCUGCAGUACGGGAGGGCGAAGAAGGAGUUGGUGAUUGAGAGCCACGAGAAUGCGUUCGUGGUGAAGGAAGGGGAGAUGCUGUUCGGGUUUCAGCCGUUUGCGACAAAGGAUCCGAAGAUAUUUGAGAAUGCGGAGGAAUUUGUGGCGGAUCGGUUUGUGGGGGAGGGAGAGAAGUUGCUCAAACACGUGCUUUGGUCCAAUGGGCCUGAGACCGAGGGACCCACCCUUGGGAACAAGCAAUGUGCAGGGAAGGAUUUUGUGGUGUUGUUCUCUCGGCUUCUGGUGGUGGAGUUCUUUCUUCAUUAUGAUUCCUUUGAUGUCCAAGUGGGGAAUUCAUCUUUGGGUUCUUCCCUUACCUUCACCUCCCUCAAGAAAGCAAGCUAUUAGAUAUUAUUAACUUUGCAUGAGCUUUCAAUAUUCAUAUUUUUAAACAUUUUGAUUAAUACUUAUGUAUACUAGUUUCUAUCUUUUUAUCAUGUUAUUGUGUUAUUGUACUUGUAAUGUACAUUUGUUUAGAACUGGGUGUUUCUUAUUUGGUACGAGAGAGAAGAGCAUGGAAAAUAGAGAAUAAGACUUUAGCCAUUUACCCAUUUCCAGACUCAUAUUGACCAUACAUGCCGGGGUUCAACUGUUCAACUUGAAAUUAACUUCUUAUAAAAGUUUGGUUUUCUCUCUAAA